AUGAACUCCUACUUAGACUACCCCGUGUGCAACCGGGGAGCAAACAUUUUCAGUGCCAAGGCCGGAUACCACAAUUUGAACCAUGGAUACAUGUCGUCCAACUCGUGCGCAACAAGUGAUACUUACGCACCGGACGGGCGCUUAGUUGCUGCAACUUCCGCACCACACCAGACCCCGAACCUCCCUCUGCACCACCAGCCACACGUCAACCUGGAUCUGCAGUUUGCAACACCGGGGACCUCCAUGUAUGCGUCACCGCUGGAGUACGGACAUCACCAGUACGGCCUCGCACCCGAACAGGACCGGAGCUACAUUCAUGCGCAAGUUUCACCGCUUGGAACAAACAUGGCUCCCUACACCGGGGACAGCUGUGGGCCUGGAGGUGCAAACGGUGGCCAGUAUCUGCAUUUUGCCAACGGGGAUCAGAGGCUGCAAGAAUAUUCAGAGAGUGUGUACACAAGGUUACCGACCCAAAGCAAGGAGAGGGAUCUGGAUCAUGUGGAGGAAACUUCUAAAACAUUCGACUGGAUGAAAGUGAAGAGGAAUCCUCCCAAAACAGCUGCCGUGUCGGAGUUCGGGGUUCCCGGCCAGCACAACGUGAUCCGAACCAACUUCACCACCAAGCAGCUGACCGAGCUGGAGAAAGAGUUCCACUUCAACAAAUACCUGACGCGGGCACGGAGGGUGGAGGUCGCCGCCAGUCUGGAGCUCAACGAGACGCAGGUGAAAAUCUGGUUCCAGAACCGCAGGAUGAAGCAGAAGAAACGCGAGAAACUGGGCUGCGUUUUGGUCAACAGUCCGACACCUGUGGAGAAACCCCCCGGCCCUGACACCUCUCCGAAGGCAAAGGGCAAAGACUGUGAACCGUGAUGGGACUUUAAAAAUAGACUGAGGGGGCAGCGCGGUUCUCCACUUGUGCCCCUCAGUCGCACCAUUCCAGAAAAACUGUGAAAAAUGCACGUGGACUUGUGAAGUACAUCCAGGUCUGUCUGCUCAUGUGCUGAUAGUGCACUGACUGCAGAGAAACUUUUUAAAAACGUUUCUUUCAUCCAUUCUUGUGUCUGAAA